UCCGUGCUCUGCUGUCAUAUUCACUCCAUGUGUAUCCGAUUGGGUGGAGCUGGAAUUGUGACGCAAUGCAUGGAAGCGUAUUUCAAUUGCUGCAGUUCUGAAACUGAAAUCUGAGGUCAAGCCUGUGCAAAAGUUGUUAUUUCGUACACAGAAUUUUGGGAUGACUAUGCAUGCAGAGAAUGAAGAGGAGCCUGUGCAUGCGAGCAUCACUCCAGCAGAGAGCCUACCUGAUGAACCAAUUGAAACCGCUCAAGCAGCUCCGACUAGACCCGCAGCAGGCAAUCUUGCGCAGCCACAAUCCUAUUCCCCAUUCUCAUUCCCUCCCCCAGCCGAUGACAAACUUCCCCAACACGACCCUGUCCUCAUCGCCUUGCCCGAGGAACUUAAACUGCAGCCCCUGGAGCUCGUAACGUCUGUCAUCAAUUUCCUUUUUAGAGUAACCGAAUUUGGGAAUGAAUCUGGGGUGGAACACAAGAUGGCUGAAAUUAUGACAUUGGUGAAAUUGGGGAGUAGCGCAGGCGAGGUGGGAGGCGUUGUGUCAGCGAAAGUUGCCGAGUUCGAGGGCACGAAGACUCCGAUCAAAGAAUUCAAACCGCCAACUUCAGAACUUCACAAGGGUAGCCCGAUUUCUUCGUUAAUGCUGAAGCAAGAAACGAAUAGCCCGGCCGAUGAUAGCAUUAUUGACGAGUCCGAGGGGGUGGGUUUGCAACCCAAUUUAGGGGACGGACAUGAUCACGAGAAAUACUCUUGGACGCAAACUCUCUCGGAAGUUUCAGUGCACAUACCUCUGCCUUCAGGCACGAAAGCAAAAUCAGUGUUAUGUGAAAUAAAGACAAAGACGUUGAAAUCGGGGAUCAAGAGCCAGAAGCUCGCUUUAGAGGGAGAGUUCUAUAAUUUGGUGAAGUCUGACGGCUGCUUUUGGAGCUUAGAGAGAGAUGGGACGUUAUCUAUUUUUUUAACCAAGUGCAACGGAAUGGAAUUGUGGAGCUGUGUGGUGAGUGGUGAAGGGAGAGCCUGAGAUUAAUAUUCGGAAGGUGGAACCUGAAAAAGCAAUCUGGAUGACUUGGAAGUUGAAACUCGUGCAUUCCAGAUUGCAGUGAUAAGUCCAGAUUCUUUUGAGAUACUAACAUUCUGAAAUUUGGCUUGCCUCCAACUGCAGCUUCCCGAAAUGAACUUCUCCUAGGCGAAUGUAUGUUAAGAACUGGUGAGAUGUUUCAUUUGAGCUUUCUGAAGUGAAAGCAUGAGCAUGAAAAAGUAGGGAAUUCAUUUCUUGUUACAAUUAUGUUUCAGUGAAUUUAGAAGACCAAGACUAUCUUGUUGACUGAAGGUUCGUAUGCAGUACCAUAUUUUUGUGCAAGGUAAUGAUAAAACAUAUAUCUCAGUUUUGCAUAUGACAUAGAAGACUUCAAUCUUCAGAAGCAGGAUAGAUUAUAUUCAUAUUUUGAUGAGGGAAAAAAAAUUGCAAAUCUUGUUUAAAACUUAAGCCAGAUUUGGCUGAGGAAUAUUCAUAGGUGACUAUUGUCAUUUAGAUGAUUAAGACAUAGAAUUGUGUAAGGGAUUUGUUUAUUGGAAUAUUAUGUGGCGAUGUUCUAUAGGACCUCUAAUACAUAU